AUGACCAAGCGUGGAUCACCUAAUGACGCACUAGUUGCUCAGAAAUUCUUGUCGCUUUGUGAGUGGCAAGACAAACAUGAUCUGGUUGAUGAUAACCGUAUGAUAGCAACUCAAGGUUCGCCUGUCGGUGAAGGCACACAUAUUUCGACAGCGGAACCACAUGCCUUUCAAGUCACAUAG